UCCGGUAGGAGCGCUGUCGUUUUGCGUCAAUGUUUACUAUUCGUUUCCGGUUUAUGUCGUAGCUUAACGACGUUCUUCAUUUUUCAUUAUACGUCCUCCUUUUGCGAUAAGUGUAGAUUUACGUACGUUGUAUAUAUCGCGUUAGAAGAUUUUUCGUGUAGUAAACAAUAUAGUAACGUGGAUUACAACUUAACAGAAAUGGCGACCGCUGUACCCUCAAGAUUCGCGAUAUUGAGUCUCGAUGAUGACGAUUGUGAGCCAAAGAAAACCCAGAAGAGUGUUAGCGCUAGCAAGACAACUCAAAAAGCAAAAAAUAUCAAAUCGAAGCAACAGCAACAGCCGAAGAAGGAUGACAAGAAAAAACAAAACAAGGGGAAAAAGAAAAAACCUAACAAGAAUAAUAAUGAAAACCAACAAUGGGAACAGUGGAAAGAAAAAGAUACAAUGGCUAUCGAGGAAACGUUUGAGCAAGAGUUGCAUCAAGCCAUUUUGCUGUCAAAGCUUGCUUAUGAAGAGCAGCUAGUAAGCGUGGGUAAGUCAGAAAAAGAACAAGAACCAAAUAAGAAAUCAGGAAAAAAGUCUAAAAAGGCUACUAUGUCGUUGGAAGAAUUCAAUAGCAUGGGAUCAAAUAAUGUACAAAUUACGGUCAUACCUUCAGACUGUGGGGAUUCAAAACCUAAAGAUUUGGAUAAAGAAUUUUUUGAUGCGGUAGAAAAGGAAACAAAAAAGGAAAUAACAAAAGAAAAGGAGAAGGAUAUAUUGAGAACAAGAUUAAAACGAAUUGACGAUGAAAUCACUUCUGCUCAGUUGAGGGUAGAAGUGGAAAAACGUGAUGAAAUUAUAAAUGAAUUAAGAACUGAAGUUGAAAAUUUGAAGAAGGAGUUGACUCAAGUUAAAGAAAGGAACAAAAAGCUAUAUCAAAUAUUAUCUCAUGGAGAAAUGAAAGAUAAGGCGUCAGUGUUAGCAGAAGUAGCUAAAUUACAAGAAAUAAGAGACGAAUUAACAUCAGAAGUAGCAUCUUUACAUGCGCAAUUAGAACAAGAAAGGUCCAAAACACGUACUUCUAGUGCAGAUGUCAAACCAUCCAAGCAAACUAAUAAGAAGAGGCCGGCUAGUGAAAAUGCCUAAACUACAGAAUAAUUUUGUUGAACGUAAAAACUGAAACAUUGUGAUCUACAAAACUUAAUUUACCGCUAUUAAUUAUUUUACAUAACUGAUUAGUUAACAGUCUCAAGACUGAUGUAUAAUUGUUAAAGCUUAAGAUCUCAUGAUAUUAUAUAUCACAUUCAAUUUCUAAACAUAUAAAUCAAUUUCUUAAGUGACUUUUUUAGAGCAUACAGGGGAAACAUAGUUAUGCUCAUACUUUUUCUAUACAGUGCAUUUUCAUUUAUGAUUUAAGUCUUUUACUUGGGCACAUAAUUUCCAAAAAUAUUGUUUUUUUUAUGAAUUUCUUGGGCAAUAAUUAUUUCACAAAUAAGAAAUAAUAUUGCAGUAAAGUUUAGAGAUAAAGCUGCUGCAGUACUACUUCCAAUAUAAAAACGUGGUAGUGAGCAUUAUCUUCCAGGUUUUGUGAAAACUUUAUGUUAAAAUAGGUCAGUGAGUAAGAUACACGUUAUUUUAAUCGUUUUGUAAUAAAUAUAUUUUACAGUA